CACCGCGAGGGAAAGAACCACUCUCACGCCGUUGCUGGAGCCCGCCGGCCCGGACACGAGUGCCCUAAUCCCCAAAUCCAUCUGCGCCGCCGAGCCCGUACAUGCUCGCGAGGUUCCGGCCCCUCAUGGCAACGGCGCCGACGACGAAGGCCGCCCCGGCCGUGGCGUUCUCCACGGCGGCGGAGCGGGACGGCUACGCGCAGUACAACCACACCGACGCCUGCCAGCACCUCCGGUGGACAGCCAGGGAGAGCUACGAGUACAUGUACGCGCGGCCCUGGAGCAAGGUGGUCGACUUCUACGCCAUGCUCGUGCGCACCGGCGCCGGCGCAGCGGGGCUCGCCGAGCUGUUCCGGAAAGAUGAGGAAAAUCGUACCUGUGGUACAAAUGGGGAGGAGCCUUUAACAUCAUCGGGAAAACAGAUGGCGGUUAAAUCCUCCAAAGGCCGAGGAGGCAGGUGGGAAAGAGCAAACUUUAAGAUUGUUCUUUCUUACCAUGGCGGGUCGUUUGAUGGUUGGCAGAAGCAGCCUGACCUCAACACUGUUCAAGGGUUAGUUGAACAACGUCUCGGACAAUUUGUCGAUGAGAGAAAAGCUAAACAACUUCAAGAUAGAUCUUUGCCAAUCGAAGGCUGCGCCACUGUUGCUGGGCGCACUGACAAAGGGGUGACUGCUCUUCAGCAAGUCUGCUCAUUUUAUACGUGGAGAAAGGAUGUACAGCCUAGUGAUAUAAAAGAUGCAAUAAAUGAGGCUGCACCAGAUAAAAUUAAAUCAUUGGUUGUGUCAGAGGUCUCGCGUGAAUUUCAUCCUAAUUUUUCAGCCAAAUGGAGGAGAUACCUGUAUAUAUUUCCUCUUGAUGAAGAUGCCAAAUCAAUAUUAGGGGACGAUCAAUCCUCUACAGUAUCUGAAAAUCCUGAAUACAAUGUAGCUCCUCGGAGCUUUGAUGUGGCCAAAGUUGACAAAAUCAUUAGACAACUGGAAGGAAAAAUGCUAUCUUACAAAAUAUUUGCACGUGAUACACAAGCUUCAAGGAGUGCUGGCCCAGCUACGGAGUGCUUUAUGUUUCACUCCCGAGCUGCAGUGACGAAACUGUGUUCUUCUGAUGAGAAUUGCAAAGAAGGCACGACGGUCAUGUGCGUUGAGCUAGUUGCGAACAGGUUUCUACGCAAGAUGGUUAGAGUUCUUGUCGCGACCGUCAUCAGAGAGGCUGCUGCUGGAGCUGACGAAGAUGCGUUGCUGAACCUGAUGGAAGCUACUUGCAGGCGAGCAACGGCUCCCCCAGCACCAGCGGAAGGCCUCUGCCUUGUAGAUGUUGGCUAUGAAGAUUUCAACGAGCAGAGGUGCUUCAUUGUUGACUAAAUGAAGAAGUAA